UUAUUGUGAGUGUAGCGAAUUGCUUGUGCUUACAGGUUAUGUUGGAUGACAAUUUGUUAGUUAUGGUAUCCUUAUGAACCGCGUAUCAUUACAGUAGUAUGUAACAGUAACGGUAAUAUAUGUAAGCUAGCUACCUAACGUUAGUUGGCUACUAUUAAAUAGAUCUUGCCAGUAUAUUAACUAUGUGCUAUCCAACUACCUACAUUUUAUUGAUUUGAUUAAUCUCGUCAUUCUUAGAUUAGGUAAAUGGUGGUGUAGUGGUCCUGCGUUUCAAUGGACAUUGUUAAUUCACUCUGGCUAUCUACUCUGAUUUCGGAGCACUCUCGUCUGUGUGCCAGAGUGAAGAAUAUUGGAUGAAUGUCCAAACGCUCAACACCCAUUGAAUAUAACCAGUGCCAGUAAAUGUCUGCAAAAAAAGCGUAAUUAAAUUGUUGCCAGCAGCACAGUUAGUCACCAACGCUCUGGAUAACAUGAAAACAGUCUAACCAGCUCUGCUGGGGCGAGUAAAAUGGUCAGUGAGGUGUUCGCUCAUUUGUGUCUGGAAGUAGCUAGCAAGCUAGCCAACGUUGGCCAGUUAGCUUGGGUGCUUGACUGCCGUUGUGAAGUCAAGCCUGCUCAUUGGCCAGAGCGUCCAGUGUGCAUACUGAACGCUCUGAAUUUACGAACGCCUAGAGAGCAUUCUGGCACUCCAUAAUGAAUUUACGAACACCUAGAGCACAUUCUGGCACUCCAUAAUGAAUUUACGAACGCCUAGAGCGCAUUCUGGCACUCCAUAAUGAAUUUACGAACGCCUAGAGCACAUUCUGGCACUCCAUAAUGAAUUUACGAACACCUAGAGAGCAUUCUGGCACUCCAUAAUGAAUUUACGAACGCCUAGAGCACAUUCUGGCACUCCAUAAUGAAUUUACGAACACACCCAAAAUCGUAAAAUGUCUAGCUAGUCAUUUGUUUUGCUAGCAAUACGUUGCAUAGCAACAGCAUCAUCUUCCGGUAGCCAGGUGAAGCGCUUGUACGCUCAACUGAAAGGAUACUGUUCAGAUACAGUAUACUAAAAUGAACUAAUAGUAUGUAGUAUACAGUAUGUUAGAAUGGGUACUCAUUAAGUAUGUAUUAUACAGUAUGUUAGAAUGGGUACUCAUUAAGUAUGUAGUAUACAGUGUGUUAGUAUGGGUAUUCGAACACAGCUCAUGGCUUGCUAUCAAACAUCCUUUCUAACGUGUGUGCGCACAUGCAUACAUGCAGCAUGGCGGUACCUUUUGUGCAGGACUGGGACCUGAUCCAGACGCUGGGAGAAGGAGCAUAUGGAGAGGUGAGGCUGCUGGUGAACAGACAGACAGGAGAGGCUGUAGCGGUGAAGGUUAUUGAUACGUCUCAGGGGAAGGAGUGUUCUGAGAACGUCAAGAAAGAGAUCUGCAUCAACAAGGUUCUGUCCCACCCUAACGUAGUGCGUUUCUUCGGCCACCGGAGGGAGGGGCCGACUGUCUAUUUGUUCCUGGAGUACUGCAGCGGUGGAGAGCUAUUCGACAGGAUUGAGCCUGAUUUGGGGAUGCCAGAGAGAGAAGCUCACAGGUUUUUCCAGCAGUUGAUAGCAGCUGUGGAAUAUCUCCACAGUGUAGGUAUCACCCACAGAGACAUCAAGCCUGAGAACAUUCUCCUGGACGAUAAAGAUAACCUGAAGUUGUCAGACUUCGGUCUAGCUACGAUGUUCCGUCACCGUGGGCGAGAGCGGCGCCUGAACAGGCUGUGUGGAACGCUUCCGUACGUCGCUCCUGAGCUGCUCAGCAAAUUAGAGUUCAGCGCUCAACCAGCUGACAUCUGGGCCUGUGGCAUCGUCCUCACCGCCAUGUUGGCUGGAGAGUUGCCGUGGGACCAGCCCAGCGAAAGCUGCCAGGAAUAUUCUGAUUGGCUGCAGAAGAAGACCUACCUCUCCCCCUGGAAGAAGAUUAAACACACACCCCUCAGCCUACUAUCUAAACUACUCCAGGCCUUGCCAGAAGAGAGGCUGUCUAUCUCUGAUCUCAAGACUGACCCAUGGUUCAGUCAGACCUUCACACCCUUAGCCUCUAACAACACACUACUAUGCUCUGACAGACUACUACUACAAAGGAACAACAGUGAUAGGGUGCAGUUCUCCAGCUCCCAGCCAGACCCAGCGCUCGGUGUGUGGGAGGGGAGUGUGUGUGUCGGAGUGCCAGACCAAGUCAGCUUCUCUCAGCCGGCCAGACCAGACAACAUGCUGCUGGGGAGUCAACUAAUGGGCACGCCUGGAGCCAGCCAGACCCCGUGGCAGCGGCUGGUUCGGAGGAUGACAAGGUUCUUUACGACUCUGGACUCUUCAGCUUCCUGCUCCGCUCUGAGGGACACCUGUAUCGACCUGGGCCACACCUUCAAACACACCUGCACCAACCAGGUAACGGUCAGUACUCUGGAUAGACGGAACCAUAAGUUGAUAUUUAAGGUUCAUCUGAUGGAACUGGACGAGAGAGUUUUACUGGACUUCAGACUCUCCAAGGGCGAUGGUCUGGAGUUUAAGCGUCUCUUCCUGAAGAUCAAACAGAAGCUAAGUGACAUCAUCAGCACCCAGAGGAUACCACUUCCCGUCACAUGAUCAGAUGCCAUCUACGUCAUGGAACACACACCAGAAGAUAUCAGGCGGUGUUUUACUAUCCUCAUGCGGACCGCAAAUCCCCACCAGGAGAGUAAAACAAGGGAAAUUCUCCUUUCCCAGGUCCCCAUGAGGAUAGACCAUUUUAAGCUAAGGUAAAAUGAUUUUGAAUUAAAUAGAUUUCAGGUCCCCACAAGGAUAGUAACAUAUGGUGUGUGUAGUUGCAGUAGCUGCUACAGCUGGGACCAUAAACAGAAAAUGAUCCUCACCGACCAUACUAAUCACACAGGCACUCAGCUGAAAUGAUUCAUUAUGAUCAGUAGCCUUUACCAGAGAAAUGUCCAUUUUGAAAUGAAAGAGGUGUGCUAAUAGUCAAUGGGACAAUUGAUAACUAUAACCAUCAAACUAGUCGUAGUUUAAAGGAGAAUCUACAACAAAUGGUGGAGCACAAUUUUAUAAACGUAUCUACUCUAUUAUUAUCACAUCAAUUCAGGAAAUCUCUCUCGGUAUAGGUCUCUGUCUGUCUCGUGUUGGUGUAUAACCCUUAUUGUGUAUCAAAUAAAAUAAGUUGUGAUAAGA